CUUGACAAGUGGCCUAUUAAAGUUUGGAUCCCUUACGCCCCUAUUCUAACACAUCUGUUUAUCAAAGAGGGUAUCUCCCUUGAGAAUCUGCCCUCACACAUAACUCACAAAAAACUUGACACAAAAGGCCUCCUAAAUUUAGGUAUCAAUAUCCACAAUUCCAAGCUAAGUUUCAAAGAGAGCAUUACUCCCGUUCCCCCGGCCAAACCCCCUAAACCGAAGCCUGUUCCUGCUGCCUCUUCAGACACUAUUCAUUUUGUUAUGAUGGUAAAAGAUCAACUUCAUCUCAUUGAGUUGUAGAAUAGUGGUAGAGUUUUUGGCAAGGAAAAUGAGAAAAGUCAACAGGUCGGGUCUGAUUUGAAAACCG